AUGGUUCUUUUACUUCCCUAUUGUGGUAAUCUCUAUCAAGGUCGAAUGUAUAUUCAAAUCUUUUUAGUUCUAUAUUCUCAAAUUUUAAUCUCAUAUGCAUAUAAAACAAGUCCUACACCAUGGUUUUGUACAGAUCCAAAUGCAUUAGAUUCAAGUGUUGAAAUAUCUCGAAAACUUCCAUCAUGUUUACCAGGUUAUGCUAUUGAUAUAGAAGAUGUUGUUUAUGAAUCAACAAUUGAUGGUACAUGUUCUGGUAGAAGUUUAUGUAGUACACAUAAUAAAAAUACUCUUACAUUUGCAUGUAAUCAAAAACAAAUGUGUGAUGUUAAUAUAAAACAUUUUCGUUUUCAUAUUAAUAAAACAUGUGGUUCAACAGUAAGAUUUUUUACUAAAUAUCGUUGUUUACCUGUUAUACACGAACAAAAAGAUUAUUUAUGUGAAUCAACAAUACGUCGAACAAAUUUAGCCGAUAUUAAUUUAUCAUGUGAAAGAUAUUAUCGUUUACAUAUAACAAUGGCAUUAGUUGGAAUUAGUGUUAAACCAAAUGAUAAUACUAGAAAAACUCAAUUUAAAUGUAAUAAAAAUAUAUAUUGGCUUUGUAAUUAUUAUGUAGCAGAUGCUUAUGGAAAUGUUUGUAAUAAUCAAUUAAAUCGUGGUAAUGGUGAACAUUGUCAAAUUCGAUCUAGUGAUCGACCAAGAUUAAAAGGAUGUGAAUAUGGUGAAGCAUCAAAUUUUUCUCUAGUAGAAUAUUCAUGUAUACCAGAAUGCUAUGGCGAAGGCAUAACUGAAGACCUUCCUCGAAUAGAUAUUUGUUCAAAUACAACACCUGAUCGUAUUCCGAUCAAUCGUGGUCUUCUUCAAUCUCCUUAUUAUCCUAGUCCAUUAGGAAAAUAUUUAUCAUGUAUUAAAAAAUUAUAUGUUACACGUGAAUCUCGUUUACGUUUAUUUAUGCUUGAAAAAUCAAUUGAAUAUUAUCAUGAAUUAAAUAUACGUUUAUUAAAUAAUGAACCAAAUACUCAACGUACAUUAGCUAAAAAUGAAUUAUUUGAUACAAAUAUAACUAGUCAACGACAUGAUGAAAUUGUUGAAAUUGAAUUAAAAACAAAGCAUAAUGGUGGUGGAAAUUUUUUACUUUAUUUUCAAGUUGAUUCACGCAUCUCAGAAUAUGCACCAUUGGUUCUUGAAACUGAUAGAACAUCGUAUGAUAAUAAUCGACGAGAAAAAGUUUUGAUUAAACGAGAUUGGGGCGUUGCUAUUGGUAGUAUAAUUGGUAUUAUUCUUGUUCUUCUUCUAAUUAUAAUUGUUAUUAUCAUUGUUCGAAUUUCAAAACGUCGUCGUACACGGACUCUUAAAUAUUUAAAACCUGAUGAUGAUCAUCAUCAACAUUUAAAUGAACCAACAUCUUUACAUGAUCGUCAUCAUCCUAAAAAACCUAUUCAAAUUGAACAUCCACAUUUAUUAUCUACGUCACCAAAACAUAUUUCAUCAUCAAAUAUUAAUCAUGAUAAUAUAUCAGAUCGUGAAACUCUUCUUAAACAUCCUCCAUCAAUAAAUAUCAUAAGAAAUACACAUGAUACAAAUCAAUAUAUUGAACCUAAAUCAUUUGAAGAUCGAAAAAAAUUUUUUGAUGAUAAUAUAUCUUCAAAACCAAUUCAAGAUCAUCGUGAGAAUGAACAAAAUGUUCGUCGAACAGCGCCAUUAGCUACACCUGAACAUGCUAAACAACGUAUAGCAAAUACAUUAUGUGAUGCACCAAUGGCUAGUACAGAAACUUUAGAUGUGGCAAAUAAUACAAUAAAUAGUGAACGUAUGAAACGUCCAACACAAGCACCACCAAAAAUUCCACCACCACGAAUGGAUUUACAUCAUCCAAAACCUAGUGCACCACCAAUUCAUUUAUUACAAAAUGAUUUAAGUGAAAAUACACGUCCACAUCAUCAUCAUGUACAUCAAAUUCAACAAUGGAAUAAUAAGAACCAAUAUGUUUAG